AUGCACUCUUCCUUCGACCCGUCUCUCCCGCCUCCCACCGUCCGCGAAGAGGACUGCCCCUUCUGCGCCAUCGCGGCCGCCCACCCGCCCUUCAGCGCCAUCAACCCGCCGCACCCAUUCCCGUCCAACCUCACCGAGCCGGCGUCCUUUGUGGUGCUGUCCACGCCCACGGCCAUUGCCUUCCUCGACAUCCUGCCUCUCAGCCACGGCCACCUGCUGCUGUGCACGCGCGCGCACCGCCCGAAGCUCACCGACGUGACCAACCCGGAGGCGCGCGAGCUGGGCAGCUACAUCCGCCUGCUGUCCGCGGCGCUGGUGCGCGCGACGGGCAUCGCCGACUGGAACGUGGUGCAGAACAACGGCGCGGCGGCGGCCCAGGUCGUGCCGCACAUGCACUACCACUUGAUCCCGCGGCCGGAGAUUCGCGCGAGUGGCCGGUAUCGCGAGAGUUUCACCAUGUUUGGGAGGGGCCAGAGGGAGGAACUGGAUGAGGAUGAGGCGGAGCAGUUGGCGGAGGAGCUGAGGCAGCAGAUUGCGGAUAUACUGAGGGAGGAGGAGGAUGAUCGGGAGAGGAGGAAGAAGCAUUCGCAGAAACUGUGA